AUGAAGCUCGGCGUAUGCUCUUAUGGGAAAGGACGAAACAUCAAUAAGCUACUUCGAUACAAGAAUCUCCUAGUGCAGUCUGUGAAACCAUCGGCCCAACCUGAAUCACCUGUUGAGAUUUUUUAUGCCACCACUAAUAGGGAGAUAGUGGUACUUGACCAAUUCCCUGCUAAGGAGAACAACACUUUCAUGGCGGCGGCGGCAUGUUGUGACGAUGAGGUUUAG